AUGACUGUGUAUAAGUACAGAUUCGAAUGGCUCUCCAGUGACGCCAAACAGGUGUACGUCACGGGCUCGUUCGACAAUUGGUCCAAAACGUGCCAGCUGGACAAAACAGGCGUGGGCUUCGCCAAGGUUGUUGAGUUGCCCUUUGAAAAAAUCGUCUUCAAGUUUGUUGUGGACAACCAGUGGCAUACCUCUGAGAACGACAAGCAGGAGUACGACGAGUGCGGGAACCUCAACAACGUGCUGUAUCCGGACGAUUUGGUUAGGUACGACAACGAGGACGGCGCCAGCGAGUUCACGGCCAUCUCGUACCCGGACGCAGACGGCGACGACGCUGACCGCGCGGGGCAGGAGCAGCGCGAGGCCCCCGACCAGGAGGACCUGGGCAGCUCCACCCAGGUCACGCUGAAAGACGAGUAUCCGAUGUCUGAGACGAGCGGACACGGAAUAUUCGCGCGACUGCGCUCGCUUUUCAAAUAG